AUGCUGAUGGUGAGACAGAAGACUGAGAAAGACGACCUGAAGAAGAAUGAAGCUGUUGAUCUGGACUCUGUCUUCCUGCUGUCUCCGGUCUACAGCGCCUCUCUGUCUCCUGCUGAAGACGAAUGUCCCAACAUAACAUUCACCAUCUCCGUCUCUGCAGGUCUACGGACCUUCAGGCAUCUGAAGGAGAUCCAGGCUCCAGCCACCAAUCUGGACCUGCCAGUCCUCUACCUGCUGGCCUUCAGCGUGGGACUCACCAUCAUCCUGGCUCUCUGGGCCCAGGUGUUCAGGACCAAACCACUACCGUCCACCACGUUACUCAUCAACCUGACAGUGGCUGACUGCCUCCUACUGUUGGUGCUCCCGUUUUGUAUUAUCUACCACUUCCGGGGGAACCACUGGGGGCGGGGGGAGCCUUUUUGCCGGGUUGUCAUGCUGUUUUACGGCAACAUGUACGGCUCCAUGUGGUGUCUGGCCCUGGUGGCCCUGGACAGGUAUGUGGCUUUGGUUCACCCGUUUAGUGCCAGGACUCUGGGUAGCCGGAAGGUGUCUGUGAUCAUGACAGUUGCGGUGUGGCUGGUGGUGCUAGCCGCUAUGCUACCACUGCUCCUGUCACGGCAGACCUACGUGCUGGAUGAACUGAAGAUCACCACCUGCCAUGAUGCCCUCCCUGAGGAGAAACACCAGGGCUACUUCCUGCCAUGCUUUGCCACCUUGUUUGCCUCUAGCUUCAUAGUUCUAUAGUAGUUCUACAAGUUCAGACUGGGUUAAAAGUACAGACUAUUACUUUGAAAACACUUGAAAUUUGACAAUAAAUGAUAAAGAAAUGUACGUACAUUGUUGAUUCUAUUUACAUCAGGGAACAUUAUUUCAAGUGACAUUAGAUUUGGAUCUUUGCUGGGAGGAAAUUAUAGUAACUGGACCUCUUUGAAUCUUAAUUUAAUCCCCCUGGUCUAAGAUCCAAAGUGUGGGCCCACUUUAUCUAAGUUGACAAAGAUUUGUCUCAAUGCAACAUUUGUCUGAGACAAGUUUCAUCCAAGGGAGGUAACACCAGCAACAUCAAGAAGCACUUGCAGUGCGCUUAUAAUAUAAACCUGAAGCACCGGCUUCUUGUCUGAAUCUUAAUCGUAAUGUCUUUAUUGUUUACUCUCUCGUAGCAAUAAGAGUAUCGAUAAAUAUUGGUAUCGAUAAGGAGUAUCAGUAUUGGUAUCGGUAUCGAUAAAAUCAUAACGAUAUACAUCCCUACUUAUUUCAGGUCUCAUCUCACCCUUUGUUCGAUCAGGUAAGAUUCUGGGUGCAAUGGAUAUGUGGUUGGUGGGACUGAUGACAGUGCAGAGGGAGAACGCUGCUAGAGGUUGAUUUGCGACUGGAAUUACUCACAGAUGCAGUCCAGUUUAAAUCUUCAACUACACCGUGCAUUGCUUCUGCAGCUUCCAGCACAUGUGCCUCCACCAUGGUCAUAUCAGCUGCUCUAUGUAGCAAUUUCACUCCCAGUUCUGGGUCUAUUCUCGCCAUUUCUUUUUGAUUUUGCACACACCUGGCAAGCUUUUGCAUUUUCAGUUGAACCUCUUGGCUAGAUAUGAUGCCUUUACUCCUCUUAGCACUGGAGACACACAAUUUGUAUGGUUAUCUGCGCUAUAUAAAUAAAAUUGAAUUGAACUUGAUGCUUGUUACUUCAAAACAUCAAAAUUCCACUGCCAAUGAAGACAGAGUCAUGUUAAGAUCAAACAUUUACAGUCGCACUUCUUCAUUAACAUGCUGCAAAUAAAAAGAAUGCAAAAACACUGCAGUGUACAUAGCUCUAAAUUUAAACAUAAAUUCCAGUCUUACACUCUAGGUAACAGUUUCAGUGGCUAUUCGCUUAUACAUAGACUAUAAAUAAAUCCACUUUUAUCAAAAUAAUCUCUAAUAAAUAUUCUUUAAUACGUCUACAAUCAAAUGAACUCACAGUGUUGCCUUCAUAGUGAUUCAAAGCCUGUGGCUGCAGGCUCCUUCAAGAGAUAUACAUGAAGAUAAUGAAAUUGUCUAAUUGCCCAUUUGCUAAUGCAAUUACACUUUACAACUACAAAUAAUUAACAAUCAAUAAGGAGGGAAUGUGAAACUUAAAGACAAUGGUCAAAACUGUCUGACCAGAAGGAACCAAGGCAGUGACUUUUAUUGAUAAAUGUUUUAACUAGUUUAAAAUCCUCCUUGUACUAUUUAGUGUCUAUAGAUUUUCUGAAUGUGAGCCUCUUUUUACCAAUACCUUCCUCACACCAAACACACUGCAUUCUCCAUACUGCUCCAGAACUUAAUACAGAAUAUAUCUUAUUUUAUUUCCAUUUCUUUCUCUGCAUUUAAAUCCAUGUAUUCAUUAAAAAGCAGUGUGGACACAGAUCAGUGGGAAUAGGUUUAUCAAUUAUACAUACACAGUCGUAUGACAGAUUAUUUUCUGUUUAUAGAGGCUGCAAUGACCUUUUGGAUCUGCCACCUGCCUGCUCCGUUGUGGUUUUUCCACUUUGCCUUUGUUACACCCGGCUUUGGACCUCCCACCUGCCCCCCAUCGGUAAUCUUGACUCUCCACACACUGGACUCCGCUAAGGGUGAAUUUUUGCCCUCUGUUGACCUCCUGCAUAAUAAUUCUGGAAGUCAUCUGCUCAACCCUAUUCCUGCCUCAAACUUUAUUAUCAUUCCACGCUGUUUUGUGCUGCAUUUGGGUUCUACACUACACCCAUUUCAGAAAUAUCAUUAUGCUUCACAUAGUGUGCUCCUGUUUGUCUGGUUAAUUUGUUCACAUGUUCUAUUUACUCUUUACUCUGAACUUACGGAAACUGUAUCUGUUAAAAUUUCAGACGUAUUAUAGACAAAUGCUAAAUUUAUUGCCACCUCUGUAUCAGCUACCCUAGUGAGGAUCAACUCGGGCUAACAUUUAUGAGUAGGACUGAAGCCUUGGUUUAAGGUUCUCCUGACCUCAGGUCUUGUAACACAACCUUCUCAAUAUUCCUGGGUUACAGGUAACUGCAGUACAGUGUUACUGUUGCUGCAUGCAUGCUUAUUAUCCCAAUCUGCAAACCCAAAAGUCUUUAAU